GAGCCCCUCGGAGGCGGAGGCGGCGGAACGGUGGGCUCGCAGGCCCGGCUUUCAGGAUGGCCGCUGGCGGCUGCCGGAGCGCGGCGGGGCCUUGGCCGGACUUCCGCGCCCGGCGCCCGGCGCUCUGCUUCCUCUUCGUGUUGUUGCUGGCGGCGCCCGGCGCUCGGGCCGCGGGCUACCAGACGUGUCCCCCGGUGAAGCCGGACAUGCUGAACGUCCACCUCCUGGCCCACACGCACGAUGACGUGGGCUGGCUCAAGACCGUGGACCAGUACUUCUACGGCAUCCGGAACGACGUGCAGCACGCGGGCGUGCAGUACAUCCUGGACUCGGUGCUCUCCGCCCUGGCGGCCGAGCCCUCCCGGCGCUUCGUCUACGUGGAGAUGGCCUUCUUCUCGCGCUGGUGGCGCCAGCAGACCAACGCAACGCAGGAGACCGUGCGGGACCUGGUGCGCCAGGGACGCCUGGAGUUCGCCAACGGCGGCUGGGUGAUGAACGACGAGGCGGCCACCCACUACGGCGCCAUCGUGGACCAGAUGACCCUCGGGCUGCGCUUUCUGGAGGACACGUUCGGCAGCGACGGGCGUCCCCGCGUGGCCUGGCACAUCGACCCCUUUGGCCACUCUCGGGAACAGGCCUCGCUGUUCGCUCAGAUGGGCUUUGAUGGCUUCUUCUUUGGGCGGCUUGAUUAUCAAGACAAACAGGUGCGGAAGGGAAAGCUGGAGAUGGAGCAGUUGUGGAGGGGCAGCAGCAGCCUGAAGCCACCCAUGGCUGACCUCUUCACGGGUGUGCUCCCCAACGGUUACAACCCACCGGACAAUCUGUGCUGGGAUAUACUGUGUGCGGACGCGCCUGUGGUGGAAGACCCCCAAAGCCCAGAGUACAACGCCGACAAGCUGGUCCAUUACUUCCUGAAAUUGGCUAAGACUCAGGGCCAGUACUACCGCACCAAGCACACGGUGAUGACCAUGGGCUCCGACUUCCAAUAUGAGAACGCCAACUUGUGGUUCAAGAACCUGGACAAGCUCAUCCGUCUGGUCAACGCGGAGCAGCAGGUGAACGGGAGCCGCGUCCAUGUUCUCUACUCCACUCCUGCUUGUUAUCUCUGGGAGCUGAACAAGGCCAAUCUCACCUGGUCGGUGAAGGAGGACGACUUCUUUCCCUACGCCGAUGGCCCCCACAUGUUCUGGACCGGCUACUUUUCCAGCAGGCCGGCUCUCAAACGCUACGAGCGGCUCAGCUACAACUUCCUGCAGGUGUGCAAUCGGCUGGAGGCGCUGGCGGGCCCGGCGGCCGCCGCGGGACCGUACGGCGCGGGAAGCAGCGCGCCGCUCCAGGAGGCCAUGGCCGUGCUCCAGCACCACGACGCGGUCAGCGGCACCGCGAAGCAGCACGUGACCGACGACUACGCGCGGCAGCUGGCGGCCGGCUGGGGGCCCUGCGAGGUUCUCAUGAGCAACGCGCUGUCGCGGCUGAGCGGCUUCAAGGAGGUCUUCUCUUUCUGCCGGAGCCUCAACGUCAGCGUGUGUCCCCCCAGCCAAUCAGCCUCGCGCUUCCAGGUCAUCAUAUAUAAUCCCCUGGGGAGGACGGUGGACCAUAUGGUUCGGCUGCCCGUCAGUGAAGGCGCUUUUGCUGUCAACGAUCCCGAUGGCAAGACUGUGCCCAGUGCAGUGGUGGUCCUUCCCGGCUUCUAUGAUCAGGAGGAACACUCAGAGCUCCUGUUUGCAGCCCGGGUGCCUGCGUUGGGCUUCAGCAUCUACUCAGUAGCCCGUGUGUCCAGCCGGAGCCCCAAGGCCCGCACAAAGGCUGUCAGACCCCAGAUAUCCCAAGGCCAGGUCUUGGUCAUCAAGAAUGAGUACAUCCGGGCUACCUUCAACCCUGACACAGGGUUAUUGAUGAAGAUUGAGAAUAUAGACCAGAAACUCGUGCUUCCUGUGGACCAAGGAUUCUUUUGGUACAACGCCAGUACAGGUAACAAGGAAAGCAGGCAGGCAUCUGGUGCCUACAUCUUCAGACCCAGCCAAAAGAGACCAAUGCCCGUGAGCCGCUGGGCCCGGACGCGCGUGGUGAAGACGGCCUUAGUGCAGGAAAUACACCAGAACUUUUCAGCCUGGUGUUCCCAGGUGAUUCGUCUGUACCCAGGACAGCGCCACCUGGAGUUGGAGUGGACGGUGGGACCCAUCCCUCAUGACGAUGGCUGGGGGAAGGAGGUCAUCAGCCGCUUUGACACCCGGCUGAACACCAAGGGCCGCUUCUACACAGACAGCAAUGGCCGGGAGAUCCUGGAGAGGAGGCGGGAUUAUCGACCUACUUGGAAACUGAACCAGACAGAGCCAGUGGCUGGAAACUAUUAUCCUGUCAACAGCCGAAUUUAUAUCACGGAUGGGGUCACGCAGCUGACGGUGCUCACUGACCGCUCCCAGGGGGGCAGCAGCCUGCAGGACGGCUCGCUGGAGCUCAUGGUGCACCGAAGGCUGCUGGAGGAUGAUUCCCGGGGAGUCGGGGAGCCGCUGCUGGAGCUGGGGAGCGGGCAGGUGGUUCGAGGACGCCACCUUGUACUUCUGGACAGGGUGGGCGGAGCAGCUGCUGGGCACCGGCUUCUGGCUGAGGAGGUGGUCCUGGCCCCCCAAAUAGUGCUGUCUUCCGGUCAUGGCACCACCUACCACCCUGAGGCCAUCCCUCAGACUCAGUACUCAGGGCUGCACAGGGAGCUGCCACCCUCGGUGCACCUGCUCACACUGGCCCGCUGGGGCCCAGAGACGGUGCUGCUGCGCUUGGAGCACCAGUUCGCCAAGGGAGAGGACUCCUGCCGCAACCUGAGCGCCCCUGUGACCUUGGACUUGCAGAACCUGUUCUCCGCCUUCACCAUCAUCCGCCUGCAGGAAACCACGCUGGCGGCCAACCAGCCCCGGGCCAGCGCUUCCAGGCUCAAGUGGACACCAGAUACUGGCCCCGUCGCCCACCCCACUCCGCCCGUCCUGGACCCUGCCUCAGUCACCCUGCAGCCCAUGGAGAUCCGAACCUUUCUGGCCCAAGUGCAAUGGAAAAGGGACAGCUAGGGCUGCUGGGAGAGGGGCAGGCCUCCCCUCCUCCCCUAGCUGCUUCCACUCACAAAAGCCAUUAAAAUGCUAAUACUAAGAGCCA